GGGUAGGCUGGAUUGUGAUCGCGACAGAUGUCUAGAAAACUGCGAGGGGCGCUGCUCAGUCGCAACGACCCGCGGAGCAGGGCGAGGAAUCUGCAGCUGUCACUCCGAAGGUUCACCUCCUUUAUCACAUCCAGCCGGAGCCUGGAGAAGAAGUCCGACUGACCGCUCUCUGGACACACAGGAGACAUCAUGGGAGGCAAACUGAGCAAGAAGAGAAAGGGAUAUGACGUGAGCGACCCAAAAGACACAAAGGACGAGAUUGCAGCAGUAGCUGCUCGUGCAGAGGGGUCUGCUAAAGUGAAAAAUGGGGACCCACCCACAGGAGGAGAGGCUGAGGUGAAAGCCGUGGCAGCAGUAACGGAAGCUGUAGAACCUCCAGAGGAGCCCAAAUCUGCACCUCCAGAAGAACCGACUGCUGCAGCCCCAGAGGAGGCUGCUCCGGUACAGGAAUUAGUGGCAGCAGCAGAGGCAGCAGCUCCAGUUGCUAAAGAACCCACUGCAGCAGCAGAGGCAGCAGCUCCAGUUGCUAAAGAACCCACUGCAGCAGCAGAGGAAGCAGCUCCGGUAUCAGAAGAACCAGUUGCAGCAGCAGUGGAAGCAGCUCCAGCAGUAGAAGAACCAGUUGCAGCAGCAGUGGAAGCAGCUCCAGCAGUAGAAGAACCAGUUGCAGCAGUGGAAGCAGCUCCAGCAGUAGAAGAACCAGUUGCAGCAGUGGGAACAGCUCCAGCAGUAGAAGAACCAGUUGCAGCAGCAGUGGAAGCAGCUCCAGCAGUAGAAGAACCAGUUGCAGCAGUGGAAGCAGCUCCAGCAGUAGAAGAACCAGUUAUAGCUCCAGUGGAAGCAGCUCCAGUAUCAGAAGAACGAGUUUCAGCUGCAGUGGAAGCAGCUCCAGUAGUAGAAGAACCAGUUGUAGUAGAAGAAGAUUCUGCUCCAUCAGCAGAGAAACCAGUUCUGGCAGCAGAGGAAUCGGCCCCAGUAACACAGGAGCAAGCCCCAGCAGAGCUCCCAGAGGUCAUUGCAGCUGCAGAGGAACCCCCUGCUCCAGCACUAGAGGAACCAGUGCAAGCUGAAGUUGAACCUGAGCCUGCAGCCGCACCUGAAGUGCUCCCAGCAGAAGAAUCCGCUGCAGCUGUGGAAUCUGUGCCAGAAACGGAGGUUGUUCCUGCCAGCACAGAGGAAGCACCUGAGGCCCAAGAGCCAGGGCCCAUCCCAGAGACUGUUACUGAGCCUGAAGCAACUGUGGAGGAGACUACUGCUGUCCAUGAACCUGAGCCAGUGGCUAAACCAGCUGUAGAGCCAGUGCUGGAGCGCACCCCAGAACCUGAGCAAACCAUAGAACCGGAGCCAGAGCAAGCGCAAGAGGAAGAGUCAGUGGAAGCACCCGAGCCAGAACAAGCCUUAGAUUCAGAGAAAGUACCAGAGCCCAAACAAGAGCAGGAACCAGAGCCCGAACUAGAACAAUCACCAGAACCAGAGCCCGAGCAAGAGGCUCAUGCAGUGGAACCAGCAGCAGAGGAAAAAGUGGAAGAAGUUGAGCCAGAAUCAAUCAUAGCUCCAUCUCACAACACUGCACCUCAUGUGGAGGCAGAAGUCCCUGAGAUCUUGGAGACUACAGCAGACGAGGUCCCCAGAGCCGAGCCACGCGCAGCAGAACCCGUCCCUGAGAUUGUCAUCUCUGAGUCUGUAUCUGCCAACGAAAUUACUGCUGAGUCUGAAAAGAUAGCCGAAGCCACUGUGGAUGAGGUGCCUUGCCCAGGGCCUGAGGCCGAACGCAAGAUGGAAAAUGGAGAUUUGGAGAGCCCUACUGUUACGGAGGGCAUGGCAGAAGUAGAUGCACCUUCAGCUGUGAAUGGGGAGUGCACAGAUUCUUCCGCUACUACUGUCAAACAGACAGAGGAAUGUGUUAACGGCGGUGAAAAGCCAGAGGAGAUGCCUAUUAAGGAGCAGAGUGACUUUGAACUGAAAAAGGACAUGAACCUGAGCGGGGACGUCCAGGAAGUUCCCGAUGCAGUGUCCGACAUGGUGGAAGGUCUCAGCACUGAGGUCACCCAGGCAGUCUGAGAAGGAGCCAUCUUUCAAACAAAUGUGAAUUCAGUUUAAUCCUCUGAUGGUGCGGAAGAGUUGUCAAGGUAUCACAAACACAGCUAGGCUUUCUGAAAUGCUGUAACCACCGCAAUGUCUAUAGUGGUAACUCGGGCGAAAGGAUGUUUCCUUUGAGUAACCAAAAAUGAAAUGCAACCACUUAAGGAUUGAAAGAGAGAGAAAGAGAAAGACAGACAGGCAGACAGAGAGGGAGAGAUAGCAAUUGAGAUGGAAGUGCAGUGUAGACUUGAGUUUGGAAUUUGAAUGGUGAGUACAGACAGACAGUGAAACCUGGCCUGGAUUCUGGACAUUAACUAUAAUAUUAAUGAAUGAAAUGAAUAAAUCUGUCUUUGUGUGUAAGCCCAGUGAAGAUUACCAGGUGGUUUAUCGGAACAGCAUUAAUUAUUAGAAUAUUAUCUGACUUAGAAUUUCAUAUAUCCUUUCUAUUACUACACGGAGAGACAUGACAUAACUGUUUUGGCCUUUUAUAAUACUGGUACAUGUGAGAUCUGUUAAUUUCAAAUUGAUUGUUCAGAAAAGAGAAUAAAGAGAGAUUGUUAUAGCCCA